AUGGAUAGCCAGACGCCAUCAUUCAAUGAAAAGCAACAACACCUGCUGCACGACCCAUCUGCGACUGCAACUGAGGUACCACCAGUCAACAACUACGGUCCUCGAAGUUAUCAAACCCAAUACGUUCUCAAGCGAACAAUCCCCGUCUUCCUUACGCUCCUGGCAAUAUUCUACCUCUUUCCGACCACCUUUGUCUGCCACCAUCACGAUGACCCCGCUCUAUCCCUGAGACCGGUCACAACCGAAGGAAAAGUACCGCUGGAGAUACAUGUCAUGUCGAAAUGUCCAGAUGCAAGGGAUUGCUUGCGCGAACUGAUAGUGCCAACCAUGGUGAAAGUGUCGGAGAAGGUGAACUUGACGAUGUCAUUUAUUGGAAGUAUUGACCCAAACUCCGAUGCAGUCUCGUGUGUACACGGCCCAGCCGAGUGUCUCGGCGACAUCAUUCUCCUCUGCGCUGCCAAAAUCUACCCCGACGUGAAACUAUGGCUUGGGUAUGCCAAUUGUUUGAUCUCCGACUAUCCCGACAUCCCGAAACGAGAUCUGGUCCAAAGCUGUGCGAUGGAACAUGGUCUUGACUUCCAGAAACUCAAUUCGUGUAUCAGUGAUGAAGGAGAAGGCAUCGACUUGCUUCGAGCCAGCAUUGAAAGGAGCCAGGAGAACAACGUCACAAAGAGCUGUACAGUCAGACUUGCAGGCGAAAUCCGAUGUAUUCGUGACGGCGGAGAGUGGUAUGAUUGUCCCGGUGGCAGCUCUGUUGACGACCUGGUUGGGGACAUCAACAAACUGUACAACGCCAGCCUUUGA